UUCUUUUUCGUCUCUUUCAGUCUCAGUAUGAUGAGAAACUAUGGGAGUUGGCGUAAAUUGCAAGGAACUAUACGUCUCUACUCUUCUUCGUAUUCUUCUGCCUCUGGUCUCUUGGAAUUUGUUAACGUAGACUUUCCUUCUACGAUAGGAAUCCGGGGGAGGCGCGAUUUUGCUCGUCGUUUGCAGCUGCAUGCGUCCGAUGAUCCUUUGCUCUAUCAGAAUGUAGUUCACGGUCAAGUUAUUGUCUCGGGCCUUGAGUCAGAUACGUAUCUUGGCAAUAUUCUGAUGAAUUUGUAUUCGAAAUCUGGUGGUAUGGUUUAUGCACGUAAGGUGUUUGAGAGAAUGUCUGACAGAAACUUGGUUACUUGGUCUACCAUGGUUUCAGCUUGCAACCAUCAUGGUAUUUAUGAGGAGUCCUUGGUGGUUUUCUUAGAGUUUUGGAGAACUAGGGAAAACAGUCCCAACGAAUAUAUUUUGUCGAGUUUUAUCCAAGCUUGCUCAGGAUUAGAUGGUAGUGGUCGUUUGAUGGUUUUUCAAUUGCAAAGUUUUCUUGUCAAGAGUGGGUUUGAUAAGGAUGUUUAUGUUGGCACCUUGUUGAUUGAUUUUUAUCUGAAGGUAGGUAAUAUCCAUUACGCAAAGCUUAUAUUUGAUGCUUUGCCAGAGAAAUCUACAGUGACUUGGACGACAAUGAUCAGUGGGUGUGUAAAAAUGGGAAGAAGCUACGUUUCGUUGCAGCUGUUCUACCAACUAAUGGAAGGCAAUGUUGUUCCAGAUGGUUACAUCCUUUCGACGGUUCUAAGUGCAUGUUCAAUACUUCCGUUUCUUGAAGGCGGGAAGCAGAUUCAUGCACACAUCUUAAGAUUUGGACAUGAGAUGGAUGUCUCACUGAUGAAUGUGCUUAUAGAUUCUUAUGUGAAGUGUGGCAGAGUUACAGCUGCUCGUAAGCUUUUCGAUGGAAUGCCGAAUAAAAAUGUCAUUUCAUGGACCACAUUGCUGUCUGGUUAUAAGCAAAACUCUCUUCAUAAAGAAUCCAUGGAAUUGUUUACCAUUAUGUCAAAGUUUGGUUUAAAGCCGGAUAUGUAUGCUUGCUCUAGCAUACUUACAUCGUGUGCCUCACUUCAAGCUUUGGAAUAUGGGAGACAUGUUCAUGCUUACACUAUCAAAGCAAAUCUUGGCAACGAUAGUUAUGUGACUAACAGCUUGAUUGACAUGUAUGCGAAAUGUGAUUGUUUGACCGACUCCAGGAAAGUUUUUGAUAUUUUCGCUUCCGAUGAUGUGGUUUUAUUUAAUGCAAUGAUUGAAGGUUACUCGAGACUUGGGACACAAUGGGAACUACAUGAAGCAUUGAAUAUCUUUCGUAAUAUGAGGUUCAGACUGAUUCGACCUAGCCUAUUGACUUUUGUUAGCCUUCUACGUGCAUCUGCUUCUUUAACAAGCUUGGGACUGAGUAAACAAAUCCAUGUAUUGAUGUUCAAAUAUGGGGUAAACUUAGAUAUAUUUGCUGGAAGCGCUUUGAUUGAUGUUUACUCAAAUUGCUAUUGUCUCAAGGAUUCUAGGCUUGUGUUUGAUGAAAUGAAAGAGAAGGAUCUUGUUAUCUGGAAUUCAAUGUUUUCAGGUUAUAUUCAACAAUCAGAGAACGAAGAAGCGCUCAAUCUGUUUUUGGAAUUACAGUUAUCAAGAGAAAUGCCCGAUGAAUUUACUUUUGCCGACAUGGUUACUGCAGCUGGCAACCUAGCAAGUCUUCAGUUGGGUCAAGAGUUCCAUUGCCAGCUUCUGAAAAGAGGCUUGGAAUGUAAUCCGUAUAUUACAAAUGCUCUAGUAGAUAUGUAUGCCAAAUGUGGUAGUCCUGAAGAUGCUUAUAAGGCUUUUGAUUCAGCAGCUUCAAGAGAUGUGGUUUGUUGGAAUUCUGUUAUCUCGUCUUAUGCGAAUCAUGGAGAAGGCAGCAAAGCUCUUCAGAUGCUUGAAAGAAUGAUGAGUGCGGGAAUAGAGCCUAACUAUAUCACCUUUGUGGGAGUUUUAUCAGCGUGUAGCCAUGCUGGUCUUGUAGAAGAUGGUCUUAAGCAAUUUGAGUUAAUGCUUCGAUUUGGAAUUGAACCAGAAACUGAACACUAUGUUUGUAUGGUAUCUCUUUUAGGCCGUGCUGGAAGAUUGAACGAAGCAAGGGAGUUAAUUGAGAAAAUGCCAACAAAACCAGCUGCUAUAGUAUGGAGGAGUUUACUGAGUGGAUGCUCAAAGGCUGGCAACGUCGAGUUAGCUGAACAGGCUGCUGAAAUGGCUAUUUUGUCUGAUCCAAAGGAUAGUGGAUCGUUCACUUUGCUUUCUAAUAUUUACGCGUCGGAGGGUAUGUGGAGUGAAGCGAAGAAGGUAAGAGAAAGAAUGAAGUUUGAAGGUGUGGUGAAAGAACCCGGACGUAGUUGGAUUUUGAUUGAUAACGAGGUUCACAUAUUUUUGUCCAAGGAUAAAACUCACGGCAAGGCUUAUCAGAUAUAUGAAGUAUUAGACGAUUUGCUUGUACAGAUCAAAGGGUUUAGUUAGCUAACUACUAUACAAGAAUUCAUUGUCUAUUGAGUGGUUGAAGUCUGUCUGGUUAAAGAACAAUGCAGCUAGAGUUGUCCAGAAUCCAGAUCGGUGAUCAUAAAGAGGUAUCAAGCCAUAUCGGAUCGCUGAAGAAAGAGUUAAAUCUUUUUGUGAAUGGAGUUGCAGGAUGUAAACCUCUUACAGUAACAACUUACAAGCAAAAUUAGUAAGACCACACUGUGAACCAGAGAUGGAGAAGCUUAGAAAGCAAAUGAUAUGAGUCCUAGAUGAACCAAAGAAGAAGCUGAAAGAGAGCAGAGAGCAAAGACGCAACUUUACCCUGUUUCGGUUCUCCGUUUCUUGGUUCCAUUGAAUUCUUGUAGUGUGCAUUUUGCAGAAUAAUAUGGAAGUAGCUACUGUUAAGAGGUUUCAGUACUCAUUGUGGCUUCCUGAAAAGAGUCGGAGGUUGGAAGGAAAUACUAAACAGAGAAGAGACGGAAGGUGUGAAGCAGACAGAUCAAGGAGUAUGUAUAUUAUUAUGAUUACACACUGAUGGUUUGUCCAGACAUAUUACUUGCUCUUGACAUUGGAGAGAGACAAAAUAACUCUUUAUUCUAAAAUGAUGAUAUUUAGGUCCUAUGAAUCAUGUUUAGAAUUAUUCCUCGUACUGUUUAGCUUAUCUUUGGGAUGUACUGUUUACCAUAUAUAUUUGCGAUGCAUGUUACUCAUAAUCAAAAUGUGUCAUGAUGUAUAAAUGGACAA